GGAUCUAUAUUAAUUUGUCUUUCAUUUCAAAAUAUUACUUAUGACAAUAGAGUAAUGUCAAUAUGUCAUUUCAAAAUAUUAUUUAUGACAAUAAUGUUUGUCCACAAAGGGGGAAAGAAGGGGAAAUACUCAUUACUCAUGCAAUGGAGAAUGGCAUCUAUGUCCGAAAUGGUUAUUGCAUUAUUUAAGAAUGAAUUGGCAUUCCUCACAUGUUCCUUAACACUGUAAAAAUAGAAAACAAAGCUAGGAGGAAAGUUUGAAUCUAUUCACAUUUGCGUUUAAUUUGUCAGUGUCAUAUGAAAAGAAACAUGCUUUAAUUUACACUUUUCAGAGUAUAGAUAUUUUCUGACAAAAAAAAAAAGAAAAGAGAAAAUCCUAAAUAUUUUUUUUUCUUUUGAAAUAUGUGAUAGAAAACAAAUCCAAAAGAAUGCACUUCAAUUCGAUGGAUUCGCUAACUAUGCUAAAUAUACAACAUGCACGUAGAUACCAAAAGACAUACGUUGUUUUUCAUGUAAAAAAUAUCACAACGAAGAAAAAGAAUAAUUAACACUGAAGAAGAAAAUAAAGAGUAAGCAAACACUAUAAUUGUUCCCAAAAUGACGCAUGUCCACAUCUCUUUAAAAAAGAACAUCAAUCUUGGAUCUACUGUCUUCUCGCUGUCUCUCUAUGAGCAAUAUCAUUGUGCUUUAGAUUAAACAAACCGUGAUCGGCAAGAAUAGUUUGCAUGGUUAGGUAUUUCCCCAACAGCAAUGACCAGAUUCUCCUGCCAGUCCAUCUCGGGUUCUGGCCGGAGAACCCAGACACCGGGGGUGUGGUUAGUACUCGAGCCUUCUCGGCCAGACUUCCAGUGGUGUGCCGACAGAUUCACAGUAAGCAACCAUUUGGAAUGUUCAGAGGUGAAAAUGCUAUGAACUAUGCAUUUUCGACUUUUUUGCUCGAAGCAGUUAUUAUAAUAUUUUUCAUCAAAAUCACUUGCUUCCUCCUUCGACCUCUACGUCAACCACGUAUCGUCUGCGAGAUCAUUGGUGGAAUGAUGGUAGGACCGUCGAUGCUAGGAGGAAGCAGAAACUUCAACUACUACGUGUUCCCACCUAUUUCAAACUACAUAUGUGCAAACUUGGGACUAAUGGGAUUCUUUUACUUCUUCUUCAUCACUGCGGCCAAGACCGAUGUUGCAUCCGUUGCAAAGUCCCCAAGAAAGCACAAAUACAUCGCUGCCAUAGGUGUUGUCAUCCCAGCGUUUUGCGUUGGGGUCACAGGGAUGGCCAUGCGUCACAGAAUGAACAAAAACAUGAGGAAGAUAUCCUCCAUUGGAGCGAUUGCGUUUGGGUUAUCUUUCAGUUCUUUCCCUGUCAUCUACACUAUUUUAAGAGACAUGAACCUUGUCAACUCAGAGGUGGGCAAGUUCGCCAUGUCGGUAGCUCUUCUUGGAGAUAUGGCAGCGAUCUUGGUGCUUACUUUCUUCGAAGCCAUGAUGCAUGGCGACGUAGGAGGAGCCAUGGCUAUAGUAUGGUACCUUGUAUCGGUAGUGAUCUUCAGUGGUUUUAUGCUUUUGGUUGUGAGAGGAGCUCUUGAGUGGGUGGUCUCCCACACCCCAGAGGGGAAACUUGUGGACCAAAACUAUAUAGUCAUGAUUCUCAUGGGAGUUCUUGUCGCUUGUUUUCUCACAGACAUGCUUGGCUUGUCUAUAGGUGUUGGACCCAUUUGGCUAGGGUUGGUUGUCCCUCAUGGUCCACCUUUAGGUUCCACGUUGGCUAUUCGUAGCGAGACGUUUAUACAUGAGUUCUUGAUGCCUUUUUCCUUCGGUUUAGUGGGUUUGAACACCAAUGUAUACUUACUUACCAGCGAUAUAUGGGAGCAAGAGCUAUCUCCUCUAGUCUACAUGGUCAUCGUUGGAUUCAUCACUAAGUUCAUUGCCGUUGUUGCUGCUGCUGUCUUCUUUAAAGUCCCUACUAGAGAUAGUCUCACGUUAGGUCUCAUGAUGAAUUUGAGAGGCCAGAUUGAUAUGUUACUCUACUUGCAUUGGAUAGACAAACGUAUUGUGGGUUUAGCCGGUUUUACUGUUUUGGUUUUGCAAUCGCUUGUGAUUACCGGUAUAUCGACGCCUCUUAUCAGCUUCCUUUACGAUCCAAACCGUCCUUACAGGAUCAGCAAGCACCGCACCAUCCAACACACUCCUCCUUCUACCGAGAUGGGUUUGGUUCUUGCCGUGUCUGACCAUGAAGCCUUGUCUGGCUUAAUCACUUUCCUUGACCUAGCUAAUCCCACUUCAAGUAGUCCGUUCUCUAUAUACGCUAUACAGUUGGUUGAACUGAUGGGUCGAGCUUCACCGGUUUUUAUUGAAGAGAAAGACGUUGAGGAGGGGGAAGAAGAAGAUCAUCAUGAGCGUAUCCGAAGCAGACGUGUUGACCAAGUGCAAAGCGCAUUUAAGUUGUACCAGGAGAAUAGAAAUGAAUGUGUAACGUUGCAUGCUUACACCGCUCAUGCACCGAAGCGGUUAAUGUAUCAAGAUAUUUGCGAGUUAGCUUUGGUCAAGAAAACAGCUUUCAUUCUCUUACCUUAUCAACAAGAGCGUCUUGAUGAUGCUGCACCAACGGAGCUACGUAACUCCGGGAUGCUAUCAGUGAACGCGGAUGUCUUGGCGCACACGCCAUGCUCGGUUUGUAUUUACUACGACAAAGGAAGGCUUAAAAACGCGGUGUUUCGGUCCUUAGAUGACGUCCAGCAACAUUCAACCUCUUUGAGCCGUGUGAGACAAGAAACGUACCGUUUUGUUGUUUUGUUCUUGGGAGGAGCUGAUAACAGAGAAGCUCUCCAUCUAGCCGACAGGAUGACGGUAAACCCGGACAUAACCUUGACGGUGAUCAGGUUCUUGGCCUUCAACCACGAAGGAGAGGACGAGAAGGAGAAGAAGCUUGACGAUGGGGUGGUGACGUGGUUUUGGGUCAAGAAUGAAGGUAAAGAUAGGGUUAGUUACAAGGAGGUUGUGGUCAAGAACGGUGCGGAGACGCUUGCUGCGAUCCAGGCGAUGAAUGUCAACGACUAUGAUCUGUGGAUAACGGGGAAGAGAGAAGGAAUCAACCCAAAGAUUUUAGAAGGGCUUGCGGAGUGGAGCGAGAACCACCAGCUGGGAGUCAUCGGAGAGACUGUGGCUGGGAGUAUAUUUGCCUCGGAUGGUUCGGUGUUAGUGGUGCAGCAACAGGUGAGGAACCGUAAGGGUGGUGACGCUUUCUUGAAUGGCAAGUUUGAUUACAAGAGUUUAGUGUCUUCUUGGUCGUGUUAUAGAUGA